AUGAAUCAUGUCAUAAUAUUUUUAUUAUUACUUAUUAAUUUUGUCACAAUCGUAUAUGGUCAAGAUAAUGCCGAACACAGUGCAAAUAAUAUUAAUGGAAAAGAGGAAGAAGUUGAAGAUAGAUGGAAAUUGUAUGCCUUAGAAACAAACCCAUUUCUUGAUUUAAAACACCCAAAUUUUAAUGGUUAUUUUAUAAGAAGUAUAGAUGAAUAUUAUGUAUUUGAAACUAAAACAUAUAAUGAUUAUAUGAAAGAGAGAUAUAAAAAUUUGGAGAACAAUAAUAGUUUUACAAAAAAGCAAUUUCAUUGUGCACUUGCUGUAUUUCAUCAUGGUCGUCCUAAUCCUAAACAAGUUAAUGAUUAUAAAAUAUGGAGUGCUCACGCAAAUAUUUUAUUAAAUGAAGUUAUGCACAAAAAGAAGUAUGAUAAAUUUAUGUUAUAUACGCCAUUUGUUAGUGUUAAUAACUUUUUAGGAAGAGAAGGUCUUCAUUCUCAUGUAAACUUUGCUUUUAUUAUUGUAAAUAGAUUAGCAUUAACAAUUAAGAAUGCAUUAAAAGAUGAUACAUGUCAUACAUAUGAUUUAUAUUUACAUGGACAUUGUUUUGGUGGAAAUAUUAUUAGAAUAAUAUCAUCCUUAAGUAAAGAUUUGUGGAAAAUAUUUCAAAAAGAAGUUAUUAAUUUUAAAUAUGAACGAGAAGUCUUAGCUAUUAUUGAUUCUAGUUUUCAUUUAACAUUAAAAGAUAUAAAUAUUGUAACUGAUAGAGAUUCUAUUGAAGUACGUAAAGAUCCAUAUUUUAAGAAAGAUAGAUAUUAUUUAUAUAAAGAUUUUAAAUAUAAAGAACCAAAUAAACCAAUAUCGGAAACUUUUGAUGAUGUGUUCGAAGAUGAAGAUAUAGGUUAUCAUCGUUUAAAAGAUUUAGAUAAUCCUGAGAAUGUUCAUAGUGCUCAUGAAGUGCCAGAUGAAUAUGAUAAUUUACUUAGACCAAUAAAGAGGUUACAUUUUUAUCUUUUAAAUAAAAAAAUUAACCUUCAUGCUAUAACCGUUACUGGUCCACCUUUAAGUGGAACGUUUUCAAAAAUGGAAGAUAUUGAUGUUGGUCAUCAAGCUUUUUUUAAACAAAAAUAUAUUGUAAAAUAUUUGCCUUAUCAUCUUAAAAGAGCUACAAUGCAUAAAUUUAGAGAUGUAGAAGAAGUUUUACUUAUAUAUAACUCAGAAUUAUUUUGUUUAUUAACUAUACAUGAAAAGUUUUCAUAUGAUUAUACUAAUAAUAUAGGUUCCCUUAUGACAUUUUUUAAAAGCGUAAACUUUUAUUCUGAUUUAGAUAAUGACGAAAUAGUUAGUAUGCAUGCUAGUCUAGCAUUACAUUCACCACUACAUAUGAGAUCAUUAACUUAUUAUCUAUUAAAUAUUAGAAAUGAGUAUUACUAUCGAGCUUUUAGAAUACCAUCACAUUUAUCAGAUAUUAAUGUUUCUAAUAAUUAUCCUUUUUUUGAGUAUCUAAAAAAUAAUAAUGUAUGUUCUUCCGUAUCAUCCAGACAUAUAGAACAACUUAUUUCAUAUGUUAAUGAAGCAAUUAAUUUUAAUCAAAAACCAAAACCACUUAUACCACAAAGAGUUAUUUAUAAGAAUCCAUAUUUAGAACAUUUUGUCCUUCCAUAUAUACCUGAUAAAAGUAUAUAUACUCCACAUACUAUAUUAGGUACAGGUAGAACAUAUUUAUUAUUAUAUACGUUUGAUAUAUAUAAACAUAUUGCUGGAACUGCAUUUAAUAAUAGUUAUGUUUUAACUAAUGAUAAAGAAUUAUUAUAUGAUUCUGAUCCAUUCAUUUAUUAUAAUUGGACAAGUCAUGUUGGAGAUCAGAAUAAUGUACAAACAAAUUAUUUCAUGCAAGAUAUUUAUGUAUUCUCAGAUAAUGUUAAUAUGAAUAUUGUAGAUAAUUUGUUUAAUUUAUUUACCUCAUCAAAUCUUAUAAAAUUCUUUAUAUUCAAUAAAAAUCAUAGUUCAGAUGUAUAUAAGAGUUUAUAUAGAACUGUUGAGAAAUUUUCGUUACCAAUGGUUGAUAUAGUUUUAAGAAAACAAAGAAAAAAAUAUAUAGAGUAUCCAUUUUUAAAAAAUGACAAAUUUAAUGAUGAAGAAAAUUUAGUAUAUGAAUAUAUAAAUAAUUAUACCAACUAUUUAAAAAAUUUCAGUUUUAAUAAUUCAAAAGUUUAUAUAUCAAAUGAUAAUUUCAUGACAAAUCAUGAAACGUUCAAAAAAUAUCAUUCAGAAGGAAUUAAUUCAUUGAAAGAACAAUUAUCAAGUUUACAUAAAUUUGCUCAAGAAAAUAAAACCUUUUAUCAAAUGAAAAAGAAAUUUGAAUCUAUACAUAAUAUGAAUAAAAUGAAUAGUUCAAAUAAUGAAUCAUUUAAUGAAGAACAAUUACAAGAAAUGUAUGAAGAAUAUGAUGAUUUUAAUAAUAUUGAAAAACCAACACAAGAUGAAACUGAAAACAGUAAUGAAGAAAAUAAAUCAAAAUUAGAUGUAAAUUAUCAUGGUAUUUAUUUACUUAUAAAGAGAACCUUAAGCUUAAAAGAAGCUUUUCAAUCUCUAAAAACCUAUAAUUCCUUAUAUUAUAAUAUAAAAUAUAUCGAAUUUAUAAUAAAAAACUCUUAUUUAGAACAUGUUGACGAUCAUAUAAGUAAUAUAGAUGAUGUAAGUUCUUGUUUAUUUAAUCAUGAUGAUGAUAUUAGUCUUGGUUAUAUUGCUAAAUAUUGUAACUAUAAUCAACGUCUUUAUUUCAAUAUUAAAAAACAUUAUAUAUCCAGGGAAAUAUAUACAGUACCUAAAUUAAAAUAUUGUGAAAAGCCAAAAUAUAAACAUUUAAAAAUAUGUGAAAAUUCUAUUUUACUUAAAUUUUAUUUCCGUAGUGAUCUUGAAACCGUUUUAAGUAAUAUUAAUAAGAGAGAAUUUAAAAGACUCACACAAAUGAAAGAAUCAAUAGAAGCUGAUAUAGAUAGAGAGGAUAUCUUUUCUUUAACGAAUGAUUCAUUAGUUACUUUGUUUCAUCAAAGAAAUGAUGAUAUAACGAAUCUACCUGUUAAUGCAUGUUUCAAAGUAUCAAGUAUUUCAAAUAUGAAUGAUUUCUUUUUCAAAAAGAAUAAUUCUGAAAAUAGUAGUACUGUGAAGAAAAAUAGUAAUAAUUUAAAUGAUAACAUAUUCUGUACACAAGUCACAUUACCUGUUAUAUUAAAUAAACUAACAGUUAAAAGUAUUAAUGAUAUAUAUUUAAGAGCCAUUAGUAAUGUUAUGAAAUAUAAGCAAUUUAAAAGCAUCUUCCAAUUAGCAGAUGAUGAAGAACCAUAUGAUUCAUUCAUAUAUUUCUUCGACAAAUUUACCUAUAUUUAUAAUGUAAGAACGUUUUAUCAAAAUUAUAGUGAAAUUGAAACAUUUAAUACACCACAAAAUAUAAAAUGGAAUUAUUUCUAUUACUUAUUAAAAAAUGGAUUAAAUACAGAUUAUAAUAAUGAAAGCUUUUUACAAAAUUUCUUUUAUGGAGAACAUGUUAAUCUAGUCAAACCUUUAAGAGAAAACAUUUUAAAGAAUUUCUUAAAACAUUUCACCGUCUUCUUUUAUUUAUUUAAAGUGGACGAAUAA